AUGGUUGUUGGUGGCGUCGAUAUCGAGGGCGGCGGUGCCGCGGCCGGAGGUGGCACCGCUGCCAUGGGAGGUUGUGGAGCUGUGUGCUUUGAGCCAGAUGGCAUCGAGACAAAGGAGCGCUGGGUCUACAAGGGAGCAGGUGCGGUGCGCUUUUCCCAGGGCAUGGGCAGCUACGCGCAAGUCGGCACCAUGGAGAUGGUGGGCUGGGGGAAAGGUGACUUCGAAAAAGAGAAAACCACCGUUGCUACUGGUGCGCCCCCAGAAAUUUUCUUCAAGUCUUCAGUGAUUUGCCACGUUUGGGUGGGCCCCAUGAUCCCAGGAACAAAAGCACGUUUUUUCGGCAGCAAAGACAGCAACAGAUCUCGCAACAUGCACACAGCAUCACACAGCACCCGCGACUCGAAGGAGCGCCCCAACUGGCUUCUCACCAAUAGGAAUGUGAUGACGCUUGGAUUGCGAGAUGAGAUGGGAUGGGGCCCGGGUGCAAGUUUUGCUCCCCAUGCUCCCCAUAUCUCCCCAUUGGAAGCUUCACUCCAUGGGGCUCCCAGCGCCCAGAUUGGAACUUCGCAUCUCGAUGCCGAUGGAGUUCCAGUGGUCGGUAUGCCAAACCCGGCCGCCUUGGAUCCCGCAUUGAAAAUGCGCUGCUGCUCACGCGGCCUUGAGACGUUCUGCGAGGACGCCCCCCCGGCCCCAAAGCCUGUCGACAAGAUUGUGAUUCACGACAAGUACUACACGCACGUGAAGAGCCAUGGCAUGGUAUUUGAUCAGUGGGAGGCGGAGCACCUGCCUGGUGCAUCCUGGGCCUUGGUGGCCUUGCUGGCGCUGGUGGCUGCGGUGGACUUUGUCAUGCCGCAGGACACCAAUGAUGUGCCGACAUGGAGCGGCGACCCAAGUGACUUCGAGAGCUUCGUCACUAGCUGCAGGUGGUACGAAGCUAGCUUGAAGGACACCGAGAAGAAGCUUGCGGCGCCGAAGAUAUGGCAAAGACUGUCAGGCAGCGCCAAAUCAGUUGUCCGACACUUGGACCCAACUGAGUUUGGCAGGGAGAAUGGCCUCAACCGGUUGUUGGAAGUGCUGAGAAGUUCACCACUACAACGUCUUCCAGUUCCAGACUCCUUCCAACGACUUGAACGAUGGUCGAGUUUGCGCAGGACACCAAAUGAAACAAUAGCGCAACUACUAGUACGAGAAGAAGAGCUCUUUGUAGAUCUUCAACAAGCCCUGAAGCGUGCCAGACAUGAACGUGAAGGACUACCUCCUCCAGAUCGACCUGCUGUGACUGGGGACAUUCCCCACAUGGGAGCUUCUCCAAGCCAGUCACCUACGGCUGGACCACCGCCAAUGGCGGAUGCUGCUGCUGCUGGGACUACAUCAUCGACGAGACCUACUUCGGAUGAGACGUCUUCGAGCCCUACACAUGGCUACUUCGAGGACGAGCUGCGGGGAUAUCGACUUCUGAAGUCAUCGAGGUUGUCUUCAUCAGAAAGACAGCAUGUGCUCACCAUGACCGGCAACAGCACUAGGUACUACCAGGUGAGACGUGCACUGAGGAGCCUCUUUGCAGCUGAUGGCGAGGUCGACACAGAUCUUCGUGGUGGCCCCAAGCGCACAGUUUGGUUCAACGAGGAUUGGCAAGAAGCUCAAUGGGAAGAUGAUGGACAAGAAGAUUGGUUUGAUGAGGAGGAAGCCUACUGGACGGCUGAUGGGUGGCAUGAAGAUGCCUGGAGCGAUGAGUCCUGGAAUGCUGGUGGAGUUCAAGCUGAUUCACCUGAAGAAGUACGAUUUGCAGAAGCCUACACCAUUGCGCAGGAGGCCAACAAGACCUUGACAGAAGCCAGAAAAGCUGUUGCUCAAGUUCGUGCAGCCCGUGGCUACUAUGAUGCUGGUGGCAUGAAAGGUGGCCCUGUGGGAAAAGGGAAGUCAAAGGGUAAGAUGAUGAAAGGAAAAGGUAAAGGAAAGAUGAAGGGCAAGAUGGGACCCUGCUUCAUUUGCGGGCGUUCCGGCCACACCUACAUGAUGUGCCCUGACCGUUUUUCCCGCAACAAGGGAUCACCAAAAGGUUCACCAAAGGGUUCUCCUUCAAACUCGAAGGGAAGGGCCUACUUCACUGCGUAUGACAACUACGGCUUCUACGUGCCCACUGGUGAGAUCCAUGUUCUCUCCACCCAUGACUGCGAUGAACUUCAGUCAAUUGGAGCCUCGAGGACUGUCCUCGACACGGGGGCAACUGAGUCAGUAGCUGGUGUCGCAAGUGCUGCGAGAAUGCUGGAUGAAGGAACCUUUCCGUACCAAAUCAACUUGCGAGACCGGCCACGGUUCCGAUUUGGCAAUGGACAAGUUCAACAAGCAGUUUCAAAGCUCACUUUGAACACCCCAUCACUUGGUGAGGUGUCAUUCUACUUGCUGGAUGGCUCGGCAGAGAACACUCCUCUUCUUCUUGGAGCACGUGACCUACGACAUCGACAAGCCUUGAUUGCACACAAGGGGGAGUACAUGGCCCAUCGAAACCAACGAGGUGAAUGGAGAGCCAGUCCACUGACAAGCCUACGCAGUGGCCAUUUAGCACUUUCACUGUUUCAGCCUUCGGUGAGACUGUCCUCACUGAUCCGACCUCCUCAUGACCGACCUGAUCAUGGAGACCGAGGAGGCCCUGGACGAGAUGGAGGUGAUGGAGAUCGAGAUGGUCCUGAAGAACCUGGCGAUGGUCCUCAUCGUGAUGAUGGUGAUGGCCCUGGGAGAAACAAGAGAACAAGAUCAGAGACCUCUGUCCGAUCUGCCUCUGGGCCUGCUACUGUGCCAUCUGAGACACUGGAUGCUGCUGUGAUGUCCACUGUAGAGGGCAACAUCAACCGAGACGCAAUGCAUCGUCUUGCUCACUAUGCCACUGAGACCCUUGCUGUGCAGAACUUCAAUGAGCUGGCAACGAUGGUAGAGAGCCCAAUCAACGACGUUCCCAACGGCUUGAUCACCGAUGGUGACUACACGCCGGAGUCUCCAAUCGAGAGACCUUUUCCUGCUGGGGUUGAAGGAUCCCGCAGUGCCUCUUUUACCAGAUCAGGUGGUGUCACGGAAAAUGAGACCUCUUGCGGCGAUGAUGUUGCAAGUCAUCAAGAGUUGGAUGAGGAAACAGGCAGUUGGAGGUUGAGCUACACCACUAAAGGCACCUACCAGGGAGAGACACGUGCCAUUGGACCAGAUCCUCUACAUGUGGAAGCUGCCCAACUGGAGUUGAAGGAGCAGUACGCGCCUAUGAACAUGAACGAGAAGAUCUUCAAUGGCAAACUGAUGGAAAUUCGUGGCCGUGGUCUGGUGCAAACUGGUGGAGCUGGACGAACUACGGUCGAGAUCAAGGCCGACGAGCCCCUUGGGAAAUACCUCAUGGAGGGCUACAACACGAUGGAUCCUGGUAUGGCUUCAACUACAACGCCGACUAUGCUAACUCCGACACCGCGCAAGACCGAGGAGUUCAACCAGGAGCCGAAGAUGCCGUCAACUUUGGCGAUUCCCAAGGCUGUGGCAAAGGCCAAGGUGCAUGUGAAAAAGGAGCCCAUGGCACCAGUGACGCCGAAGGCUGCGCCGUCAACACCGGCGACGGAGCCUCCGAAGGAGGUGAUCAUCCACGAGGUGGACGACGUGCUGACGGUGGUGUCAUCGGAGGAGGCUGAACAUGGGAAUCAAUACUACAACCUUCACUAUGACAACACGUCCAACUACACCAAGGAAUUCAAUGACACCACGACCAAUGACUUUGAGCAUGGCACUGGAACUGAUGCGAGCCCAGUGGAUGACGGAGACCUUUUUCAUCUGUCAUCUGCGCCAAAUGUGACCAAGAAAAUGGUCCGCCCUGUUUUGGCACGGCGGCUGGCACAAGCAGCUGCACUUACCACAGUUUUGAUGCAGCCCGUCAAGGAGCUUUUCAGCAGCGUGAACCAACAGCUGGACGUGAUGGAAGUGGCAUGCAGUCCAACAUCUGAGCUGUCUACAACUUUUGAGGCAGCUGGCUACACCACGUUCCGGGUGAACUACAAGAGUGGCUUUGACCUGGACACCAAGAAGGGAACGACCGACCUCAAGCACGCCAUUGAGCAGAAGCACCCCAAGCUGACAUGGGUGUCAAUGCAAUGUACCCGACUGAGUUCUCUUCAGAACUUGACCCCACGGACGCCAGAGCAAUGGGACAAAUUCAUGAAACGUCGCGGACAAGAUCUUCGACGCAAUGAGGAAGUUGUGGAGUCCCUUGACAGCGUCCUGGCCAAUGGAGAUGACAUUGCAUGGGAAUGGCCUGCCUCAGCACAUGCUGGCUGGAACUCAAAGGCCAUCAAGAAGCUCAUCAAAAAGAUGCGGCACUACAAGAGGCAAAUCUUUUGGUGCAGAUUUGAUGGCUGCAGCUAUGGACUUCAAUGGCGAGGCCUUCCACUUCGAAAAGGAUGGCAAGUGCUCACUAGCAGCAGGGAGCUCUGGAUGUCGUUGUGCAAACGAUGUGAUGGUUCCCACCAGCACGCAGAAUGCAGAGGACACGCAGCUCAAGCAAGUGCGUAUUACCCACCUGCAAUGUGCAGGGCGGUAGUCAAAGCUUUCGAGCAUGCUUGGAGCUCAGACAUCAACUCCCUGGAGAAGAUGAGAGAGCGGCUUCUCCUGAAGUAUGAGGACGAGGACCACUCCACUUCAUCCAGAACUUUGACAUCAUCCUCACCUUUGACGACAGCGAGCCCUACGACCUGCUGUGGUGGUGAUGGUGGUGAACCUAUGGUUUUGGCGCUCUCACGGAAGAAGCUUUCCUUGGAAGUUGCGCCAACUGGGAAGAAGUUGGAGGAGAUCAAGCAAACCAUGCUGAGGGUUCAUCGAGCUGCCGGUCACACUGGCAUGAGCAGCUUGGUGCAGCUCCUGCGAGCAAAAGGUGCUCCAGGAUGGGCCCUGGAGAUUGCCCAGAACCUUCGAUGCCCUGAAUGCACCGAGGCAUCAAGGCCGAGACCCCAUCCACCGGCUUCGACCGGGGAAGAGCCAAAAGUAUUUGAGUACCUGGGGACGGACGUCUUCGAGUUUGAGGAGCCGGCACCUUCAAAUCCAACUGGAGAUGAGAAGAUCAAACACAAGCUGAUCAUCUUCAGAGACCGAGCAAGCGGCCUCACAAUGUUUGAGCACAUGGCCAACUACUCCAACGCCUGGGAGCCCAAGACUUCCGACAUUGUGGCUUCACUCUCCAACUGGCUGGCAACAUACCCAGCACCGAAAUGGUUGGUAGCUGACUCAGCCAGGUACUACACCAGUCAAGAGAUGCAGGACUUUGUGAGCCAAAGCGGUAUUGGCCUCACGAUUGCCCCUGCCGCAGCACACUGGAUGAUGGGAUCCGAAGAAGCCGCAAUUGGCGUGGGAAAAAGGACAGUGGAACGGCUCAUGCGAGAAGGGAGCAAGCUCAGUGUUCCCAUACUGUUCAACUUGGCUGCUUCAGCAAUGAAUGGACAUGUUGGUGGCACUGGAUUCAGUGCGUAUCAAUGGGUUUUCGGCCAUGGAGGUGGAACACUGGAUGAUGAGCAACGACUUCCUGGAAUUUCACCUCACAAAGCUUUCGAUGGAUUGGCCAAAGCUCGUGAAAGAGCCAAGUUAGCUUUUGAGAAGGAGCGAGCCAGUGAACGCUUCAGCAAGCUUUCAAAUGCAGUUGGACGACCUGUGAAUCACCGAUAUCAUUCAGGUCAAUUGGUGAUGUUGUGGCGACAACGUGUACGCCCUGGCAAGGUGAAGGGAAUGUGGACUGGACCCUUGCGGCUGAUCGUCCAAGAAGGUUCAACUUUGUGGCUUGCCUCUGGAGCUACGCUCAUCCGGGCGAAAGUCAACCAAGUCAGGCCAACGACACAGCCUGAGCAAUUGAAAGCCCAACUUGAAGGAACAGCCAUCUACAGAACACCUGUCUCUGUGGAGUCCCUCAUGAAGAUGUUCCAAGGCCGAUACUACCAAGAUGUAUCAGGUGAUGUUCCUAGUGAGAGGCAACAAGCUGAUGACGUCUCUCCAACAACUGUUCUUCAACAACCAACUUCUCAGGCAGACUCUUGGUCUAUUGUUGAACGAGAUGGCAAACGAAUUCUCAUUCGACACCAUGGUCUUCCACGACUUGCACUUUUCAAUCCUUUGAAGGUCACUACAUGCCCUGUGUCAGUUGAUGAGCUCAAGGGGACAAGAACUACGUUCCUCAAGGUGAUUGCGACUGGCGAGAAGGUGACCAUCAAGGACACUGUGGAGGAGAGCAAAACCUUGCAAGAUCGAUGGACUGGUGAAACACACUUCGAGCUGAAGGAGACGAUCAACAGACUAGCCAAGGUCAGGCGAAGUGUUCCAAAGACCAAGAGAAAAGCUGAAGAAGAGCCCCCUCGCGAUGGUGGACCAGAUGAACAUCAACCUGGACAAGAUCAACAAGUUCCCAAUGAUGGAGGUGGUGCAGCAUCACUACAUCAAGCUCUACAACAUGGAGGUCCUGAUCGACUGGAUGGAUUGCCUGCAAGAUCAUCGGCGAGUGCUGGAUCAAAUCUAUGCUCUGCCCCUGAAUGUGUCCUACCUGGAGGUCAUCGAGGACAUCACCAAGAUUCAGGGGGGACCCAGUUCAUGUAUGACAACUACGAUGGUCGAAGCUCCCCUGUGGAGAAUGCUGACAACAAGAUCGACGAUGGUGAAUCUUCAUCGACAUCGAGCGCUUCAAGUUCCCAUGGCGACUCUGUUGAGUCAGAAGAGCUGAUCAAAGAUGGUGAUCUGCCAGAAGCUGACGCUCACUACGUUGAGACCAAGCCGAAGGACACCUUUGUGGCCAUCGAGCUGGACAUUGGAGAGGAGGACUUCGCAUGGUUGUCCAAGUACCACUCCAAGAAGCGUGGCACAGUAUGGCUGUCCAAGAAAAUGGCAGAACGUGGACGUGAACUGAGCUGGAAUCAGCUGACGCUGGAUCAGAAGAAGGAAUUCGACUUGGCGCAGGCCAAGGAAAUCUCCAACGUCAUCGUUUCCAAAGCGCUGCGGAAUUUGACGCCCAAGGAGUUGGAGAAGCUCAACCCGGGUGCAGUGAUGUCAAUGCGAUGGGUGCUUACAAGGAAGGCAUCUGGCGACGCCAAAGCGAGACUUGUCGUUCUUGGUUUCCAAGCACACAACCUGACGGAGGUCGAGACGACAGCCCCCACAAUGGGCAAAGGUGCCAAGAAUGCCCUCUUAGCAUUGACAGCAGCUUUGAAGUUCACUUUGAAGUCAGGAGAUGUAACAUCAGCCUUCUUGCAGACGGACACGAAAUGGUUCGAGAGAUGCCAGAGGACUCUGCUGGAACAUGGAUGGCGACAGAUGAAGGCCGACCGAUGCCUCUACGCUCUCUUUGCCGAGCGCAAUGGCGUCACAACCCUGAUCGGCCUGGCAGGUAUCCAUGUGGAUGACUUUUUGCUGUCAGGUGAUGGCUCACCGGAAUUUCUUGAAGCUGAGUCCAAGCUUCAGUCAGCGUUCCGGUGGGGCAAGUGGGACCAGGAUGAAUUUGACUUCGCUGGCACCCACAUCGUGCAGCACUCCGACAAGUCCAUCACGAUGAACCAGAAAGACUACACCGAGCGGUGGAUCGAAGAAGUUUCCAUUGACCCAAACAGAUCUCGGAAGUCACCUUUGACUCCCUCUGAAGUUACUGCUCUACGAGGAGUUCUUGGGACUAUCAGCUGGAGAUCGACACAGACCGCUCCAGAGUAUUUGGCUGAAACAUCUUUACUUCUCUCUGAGAUUGGAAAAGCUACCAUUGAGACCCUGCACAAGGCGAACAAGCUUGUCCGCGAGAUGAGACGCCGAGCUGCUCAAGGUCUACUUUUUCCAACCUGGGAUACAAAAGACUUUGCAGUCGUUACCUGGGCCGAUGCCAGUCAAGGAAACAGACCUGAUCGGUCAUCAACUGUUGGAAUCCUCUCAGCUCUUGCACCUGCGGAUGUUCUGUGGGGAGAGGAAAGACAAUUCUCAGUUUUGCAGUGGAAGUCUGGAAAGGCCCCGAGACAAAGUCUUGGAUCAAAUGGAUCGGAAGUCCAAGGACUGACCCUUGGAGAAGAUAUGAACUUCCAACUUCGCGCCCUGAUUGCUGAGAUGCUUGGAGCUGUACCUGAACGAGGACACCUCAACGAGCAUGCCAAGAAGGUGAAAGGUGCGCUGGUGCUUGAUAGCCGUGGUAUCUAUGACGCUGCUACGAGAAACCUCAGUGGUCUACAUGGUUUGAGAGAUAGCCGAUGCGGCUACGAGUUGACGCUGGCAGUGAACAGAGCCUAUCAAAUUGGCACACAAUUUCGAUGGGUGAAUGGCUUAGCACAGCUUGCGGACGCCCUCACCAAGGUCAACGCGAUCAAGGUGAUGCUGCAAUUCUACCAACAGAGACAGAUGUGGAGACUCAUCCAUGAUGAGAAGUUUGAGUCCGGAAGAAAGGUUCACAAGCGCAUGAUGCUGAAACAGCUGGAGGAACACCACAUAACCUUCCUGAACCUUGUGAAGAAGCUGGCCAAGGACAACGGAUAUCCUUGGGAUGAGAAGGAAAACUAUGAGGUGUAUGAUGAUGCUGGUAAAAGCCAAGGGACGGUCUUCUUGGAAGUGAAGACGCUCUAUGGCACAGGGUCCGCAGGGCAAUCGAUACUCUGUGACUACAUCACUGCCUCGGAUGAGUACUACCGGUACUGGGUCACCACGGCAGACGGGGUGGCCACUACAGUGGAUGGAUUUGGAAAAGAGCUUGUGGGUGAGCAGGCAACCCACCUGGAAGGAGCUGCAAUCGAUGAGAUGCUCAAGUACUUCAUAGGAAGAGGCGGCAGCCCGAGAGGUUCGAAGGCAGGUGAGCUGCCAUGGGAGGAUAAGCCCCUCCAUGUCGAAAAGGAGGCACCUAAAGGUGAACAAAAACCAAGGUCUGAGCAGCAGACGCCUCAGAAGGAAAAGAAGAAAGAACGCAUCGCCCGACUGACAAAUGAGCUGGAGGCUUUGAAACAGUCGGUGAAGGAGGAGGAGGAAGAAGAAGAAGACAAGAGAGAUGAAAGGGAGGGCAAGGUGGCCCGCCGGAAGAAGCGAUGUGAGCGAGAGGACAUCGCCGGGACAGUUGGUGGGUUACGCAAAGAGGUACCCAGGGAGGUUGGCGGCCCGGCUGUUGAGGCGCAUGGAGAGCGCGACCGUGUUCUGGGGGUGCCGAAACGAAACCGGCUCAACGAGGGAGACGCAGCCCUAGUCGAUCAAGGGGAAGAAGAUAUGAUGCUCAAAGAAGCAGAGGGAGAGGAGAAGGAAAAGGGAAAGAAAGGGAACCUGUUGGACAAGGGUGCCCUGAAGAAGGACGAAGGCGCCUCCAUGAGGAGAGGAACGAUGGACUUCUUCGCAGAGGCUGGGAAGGAGUCCUGGGCGGAGCUGGAUCAACAGGAUCACGACUAUGAACACCAUGUCCCAGAGCGCAAGACUUUUUCAAGAGAUCGUGGGCGACCUUUCUACGGCAGCGCUACCAAGGGCCGCGGGCGCUGCGGGACUAGGCACAGGGGCAUUUACGAACAAUUAGCAGAUGAGAUUGCCCGCAUGGACGCGGAGAAAGAAGCAAGGUGUGAUGCCAUCGCAAAGGAGCUGAAGGCGUACCAUCGAUGUGCAGACCUGGAGUUACGUCAGCGAAUGGCCGCAAUGGUGCUCCCCAUAGAGAACACGCCCAUCCCGCGGCAGGAGCAGAAGCACCUGGAAUGGUCGAGUAUCCUGGCUAGGGGGGCUUGGCUGCACAAGGUCUAUGUGCACACCGCUGCUUACGACUGCACCGAAGGUCUGGGCGUCUUUAAAAACCAAUGGUCGCCCCAGCACCAACGCUACUGCUGCUACAAGAGCCAUGUCGCCUGUACCACGAAGUGGCAAAUAAGGCCACACUACCACACCAUCACCCACGUCAAGCACGUGACCGUGCCAGUGCAUGUGCCUAUUCCGGCACCACCCGCACGAGUCAUCAACCACAUUGUGAAUGUUCCAAUUCAUGAUGCACCCCAGGUGAUCAAGGUGCCCGUGCCAGGACAUCCUCAUGUAGUUCCCAAGUACAUUCAUGAGAAGCAUUACGUGCCUGUGCCAGAGCCUUCCGCGCCCAAGUACCAUUCGGUGCCAGUGCCAGUGCCUGUGAAAGAGCCUGGAAAGGUGAUCAAGGUCCCUGUGCCUUUGCCACCAAAGACAAUUGUCAAGAACAAGGUGAUCUACCGAACCAGACACGUGAAGGUGAAACAUGUCUAUGACUGCGAUGCGGGCUUCAAGAACUGGAAAUAUGGUUGGUCCAGUGCCAAGCAGAGCUGGUGCUGUUCCCACACGUCCAAGGGUUGUGCUGGCACCUGGCAUGGUGACGGACUUACCAAGAGCAUCGUGACUCAUGUGACGGAGCACGUUGGACAUGGCCAUUCCUAUGUGGAUCCCCGGCAGAUUCGGGAUUUUACAGAGAUUGUUGGGAUGGAUGAGGGAUGA